UUCCCUUAAGUACCCCCAACGACCGCUACCACCACCACCUCCUCUCCCGGCACGCUCAUCCAAGCUCAUCAAUAAUCCGUGGGAGGAGGCAACUGGCAGAAAGCAAAGAUGGCUCCUCGGUGAUCUACGGAGAAGCAAAAAGCUGCCAAAGGAAGCCAGCUUGAACUUGAGUCCAACAAGAAGGCCAUGUCCAUCUUCAUGUUAUCCGAUGAAUCCGUGAGGACAUUAUCGCCAGAGCCUCAGUCUUUUCCUAAUAAUAGCCCAAAAACUAAGAGAAAGAAAUCUCAGUUGAAAGAGACUGGAAAGAGUGUGGGUCCUAUUCUCAUUGACAGUGAUGAAGCAUCUUCUCUAAAGAAUGCCUCAAAACAAAUAUCUCCAAAGGAAUCACUAAAUGUCGACUCACAAACAACAGCAGAAGAGAAGAAUAAAGACGAUACUAUGCAACAGAAAGGAAAUGGAGGUGAUUUGGAUAUUGCUGAAGAAGAAACAUCUGAGAAGCGUAUUGAACCUCAUGUUUCUAACUCUAGGUUGCCGCUAGUGCUGUCUGACAAGGUUCAUCGUUCAAAGGCACUUGUUGAAUGUGAAGGCGAAUCCAUUGAUUUGAGUGGCGACAUGGGGGCUGUAGGACGAGUAGUGAUCCCAGACAGCCUGUCUGGAAUUCAAGAAAUGCACUUGGACUUAAAAGGAACCAUAUACAGGACAACAAUACUUCCUUCCAAGACGUUUUGUGUGGUUAGCUUUGGUCAGUCUGAGGCAAAGAUAGAGGCUGUCAUGAAUGAUUUCAUUCAACUGAAACCAUUGUCUAAUGUUCAUGAAGCUGAAACUAUGAUUGAAGGGACACUGGAUGGUUUUUCAUUUGAUUCUGAGGAUGAGGCUGAAAAGAUACCUAAAACUGUUUCUCAUCAAACUGAUACCAAGGAGGGUCUUGAAGAACAAGUCAAUGGAAAAGGCAAACGAAAAGCCGAGAAAUCAUCUGGGGUGACACGGAAGAAAAGCAAAGUGGCUGGAGGGAAACAACAGCCAGUGAAGAAAGUGGUGAAGAGAGCACAAAUAUCAAAGAAAGCCAAGUCCAAGAAAUGAGAGACCAAUGUGUUAAUGGUUUUUAAAUGUGCUAUAAAUGACGAAAGACUUGCGCUGAAGUGUUUUUAGUUGAGGAGAGGAGAGAAAUCAUACAGGGAUAGAUAGUUCUACUGACCAGGAUUGCGUUUUUGACAAGAAAAAUGGCUUGUUCCACUUAUUUGAUUUUAGAAAUUUAUCAUCUUGCUAGAAGAGGAUAUGUGUAUGCGCCAAGAUUUUAUGAAUUUCUAAUUAGGUCAAUGAAACAUUUCAAAUCAAUAAAAGAAAACUCAUCUUGAGGUUGGCUUAUUA